AUGGACGUCAAGCUCCCGGCGAACAGGCUGGAGGCGGAUCAGCUUGUCGCUGCCAGCAUGGAACGGUGGGAUACCGGAGGUCGAGAUCAACUAGCGGUCAAGAGCAGCUGGCUUCCUAGUAUGGAACAAGGCUUCGAUCGCUCUAGAAAUGGGGACAUGGAAUUAGCCUGUUUCGACGAUAGCGGCCCCGCAGCGACAGCCUUCCCUUCAUUGCUCACUGCCCUACUCACCUCACAUUUGGCGCAUCCACGACUCUUGCCGGGAGCAUACACUGCAAUCUUCGAGGCUCUGAAGAAGCAGCAGCAGUCAUCUGUCGCCUCUGCAGCGUCAUCAGCAGCUUCGCAGAAUGGCGCUUCUCUAGCGCCUGUGCCCGAAACGUCGGAGGCUCUGGUAGACGCGAUCCUGGAUGGCAUCUGGGCAGUUGACGCGGAGUUAGACGCACGGAAAGACCUGAGUGCUUCAACAGCGCUCUGGGCUGCAGCAGAUGGCAGCAAGUCAACUGCCGACAUUGUUGCUAGAUGCAGAGCAAGCUUAGCUCAGAUCGUCAAGGAGCUGAUUCAAAAGCAGAUCAUUCCAAGGCUCACGACCGCGGAAAGGCUUGAUCUGCCACUGCUGAAAGCAGUUGGCUUGAUACUGGACGAGACAGGCUUCCAGCGCAAAGGGGUGCGUAUGAACACAGCUAAUCUCUACAAGCAGCAAAAGUUCAACUUGCUACGAGAAGAGAAUGAAGGCUACUCGGGCCUCAUCAACGAGCUCAUCAGCGGCAUGGGUCCAUCGAUCAUCCCGAUCAAGCAUGACGCGGUGCAAGCCUCCAACGGGCUAGCUGAUGGUGAAGCGUCCAAGUCGACGUCGGACUUGCCUGCGCAAUAUCGCGUAGUCGAGCAAGAAAGCGUCGACGCGCGAAACGCCCGUGCCCGUCGCGUGAUGGGCAACAUCUCUGCUCUGAUUGGGUACUUUGAUCUUGAUCCGAAUCGCGUCCUGGACGUCGUCAUGGAUGUCUUCAGUAGCAAUGUUGUCAGUCACUGGCCUUUCUUCCUAGCUCUGCUGUCAGUGUCGCCAUGGGCACCUUCUCAUCCAGACGCCCAGAGCGCAAACGAUGACGACAUCGCCAUGCAGGACGAAGAGUCCUUCAUUGGGCCCAUUCGGCUGGAUUUCUCGCAAGAUAGGGGGAACAGCACAGUUGCCCAGGUGCUCGGCUUCAAGUAUGGAUUCUACCAGAUGCCCGAUACGCGGGAAGAGACGCCUGACGAUCUGUAUUUUAUGACUGCUCUGAUGAUCAAGAACUCCCUUAUUCGUUUUGCGGACCUCUUCCCUCACCUGAGCCCGAAGGAGGAAGGCAUGAAGCAACUUCAUCAGGCCUAUCGCAAGACCCUCUCCGCACGUUCUGCAUCCACCACAAAAGCCAAUGCGCUUACUAUGGCCGCGGCUUUGAUAGAAGACGGAUUGCAUCGUCCUGGAGGCGCAGGGGGGGCGGAAACGGAGCAGAUUAGACAGGCAGAAGCUACGGCGUCAGCUAAAGAACCCCCGAAUCAAGUUGGUGGUCUCUUGCGGGCUCUCUUGGCCGUUGGCGGCUUGAGGCAUGCAGUCUUCAUCCUGGGAAGGCAUCCAUGGCUUUGUAGCUCACUCGAUGGCGUCGCGGAGCUUUACGCCCGCCUACUCCGCCGCGUCUUGGAACCUGCCACCGCUACAAUAUCCACCGCGCCUCUCUACGAACCUGAUCCGAGACUAGCUCCAAAAGCUCCCCGCAGCGAGCGCGAAUCCAGGUCGAAGGGACCUCCGAGGCCCAUACUAUCCACGAAUCCAAUGCCUCAGCCUAAGGGCAAGGCCGCCUCGGAAUCCAAACGCGGCCCAGAGCUAAUUCCGGUGUUCUUCUACCCCAUAUGGGAUAAGGAGCUUCCGGGCUGCGAGCCGAAGGCUGUCUUGACAGAUUUUGUGCCCUUCCUUCGCUUGCUCGGUGUCAACCUCGCCAAGGACAUGGAGCUUAUGAAGCAAGUAUCAAGACUUACGAAGGUUGGUCUCCGCAUGGCGAUGAGAAAGCUGGAACAAGAUAUCGCUUCUGAAGAGGGGAGAGAGUCAAAGGCUGCGUGGCUCGAAGUUGUCCGAUCGCUUCUACUUCCAGCUCUGAGCUGCACGUACGGCGAUUGGGACAUUGCCCAAGAGGUUUGGCUCAUCAUCCACAGACUGACGUACCAGGAACGGUACGCACUCUACGGCGAAUGGAAGUACGACCUCUAUCGCAAGCCAGAACUCAAGGCUCGCCAGAUCGCCACGGAACGUGAGGCCAAGGGGAUUCUCAAGCGCAUUAGCAGUGAGAACGUCAGGCAAUCAGCAAAGGAUCUAGCAACCGCAUCGCACGCGAAUCCCUGCAUAUUCUUGACGGUGGCUUUGAAUCAAGUGCAAGCGUAUGACAACUUGAUCGCACCAAUCGUAGAAUGCGCCAAGUAUCUCAGCGAGCUCGAAUACGACGUCUUCACAUUUAUCUUGUUGGACGCACUCAGCAACCCAGAGAAAGAACGUACAAAACAGGAUGGCACCAACAUCAGCCUGUGGCUCAAGUCUCUUUCGAGCUUCGCAGGUAUGCUCUACAGGCGACACAAGGAAAUAGACGUUGGGCCUGUUUUGCAGUACAUGGCCAACCAGCUCAAGCAAGACAACUCAAAAGAUUUGGUGCUGAUACGAGAACUAGUGCUCAAAAUGUCUGGCAUAGAGCCACUGGCAAACUUGGGCGACAAGCAAAUUGCCGCGCUCACAGGUGGACGCCUGCUGAGACGAGAAGCGAUGAUGGUCGCCAAUGCCCAAAUUGGAAGCGACACUAGGCGCGAGUUCCAUGACUCCGGAGCGCGCCUUCUGCUUGCGAUGGAGGCAAGCUGCAUGACUAUUCCGCUAUUGAUAUUGAUAGCUCAGCAGCGCCAAGCAUGCAUCUAUCUGAUCGGGGACGACGAAGGAGGCCUGAAGUACAUGGGCAACGCCUUCGAUUCUUGCCAAGAGACACUGUUCCAGUACGUUGAAUUCCUGCUCACACAACUCGAGCCAAGCGCCUACUCUACUUUGAUCCCCAAGCUAUCCGAUCUUUAUUCGCGCUUCAGUAUUGAGCCCGCCAUCGCCUUUCACAUGGCAAGACCUCGUCUUCUAAUGGCGAUGAAACUGGCCGACGCGAACCAGGCCGAAGAGCGUCUCAAAGCUGAAGUCAAGGCCAAGGCGGCGACCAAAAUUUCAUCGAAUGAGCACAGCGCGACGCCCAAGGACACUCGAUCUCUCGGUGAAGCUGACGAUACAGCGCAAAUAUCAGUCGAAUCGCAAGCCGAAGGUACCGUAGAGCCCGGUCAAGAGAAGACUGAUCAGGCGAUGGAGGUGGAGAUGACGGCUGUCUCUCCGGCCUCGACAAGCCUGCCAGGGACAAAAUCAGUCUGGCGCCCCGGGAUGGAAGAGGCGAUCUCCGCAGCGAACGAGAUGCUGCCAGCUGCCGUGAGCGCGAUACUGGGCCCUCACUUUUUUGCCUCUUUUUGGCAAUUGAGCCUCUCCGACAUCGCCGUGCCGAUCGAGCGAUACGAUGUUGAGACAAAUGCGCUGCAAAUGCUGGCGAAAGCGAACGACCAUGAACGCCGCGGCAACCUUAAGACAAGGGACCAUGCGCUUGAAGUCCUGUCGCAUCUCAAAGCUGAACUCAAAGCGCAGACCCUCGCCCACUCUGCCACUCGGCGUCGCCUCGCAGUGGAGAAAGGGCACUGGUUUGAAAGAGCUCAGCUUGUGGCGCAACUUCUGGAGCAUUGCAUUCUACCACGCGCGCUGCUCUCGCCUACCGACGCAAUCUUUGCCGGUCGAUUCAUACGCCUGAUGCACGCCAACGGCACGACGAAUUUCUCUUCGCUGAUGACAUACGACAGGAUCUUCGUGGACCACGUUGCUCCCAUCAUCUUCGCAUGCACGGAGAACGAGGCACGCAACUAUGCUCGAUUCCUCCAGCAAGUGCUCUCUGAUCUUUCUGCAUGGCAUGUUGAUGAGGCAGUAUAUGCCAAGGAAGCGGUCGGCGCAGAGCUGCCCGGAUUCCGGCCGAGGUGGACCAUCGCGCAGAGUCUGCCAUGGGAGUCUUUUCGCCAAUUAUUCCACAAGUGGCACAUUGCAUUGCUUCAGGCCUUUGAGCUGUGCCUGGCGUCAUCCGAGUAUAUGCGUCUUCGCAAUGUCAUUGUCGUCAUGACGCGAAUCGCGCAAUACUUCCCCUUGGACGAGCACCACGGCAAGGUUUUGUGUCUAGCAGUGCAAAAGCUUGUCGACGAGGAAGAUCGAGGUGACCUGAAAGUCCUAGGCCAAGGCCUACUUGCAACUCUCAAGAAAGGUCAAAGCGCCUGGCUCCCUGUCUGGAAGUUCAAGUCGGAUCCCCCUGCCCAGUCCGCUGCGGCUGCGGCUGCCGAGGCUGAGAGGGCCGUCGCGAAAAGUGCCAAGGAUGCAAAGGCAAACGUAGCCCCACCUGCUAAAGCGAGCGAGACGACUGCGGCCAAGAGCUUCAACGACACGAGCCCACUGCCUACUCGUCCCAAAUCCAACGCGCCGCCGAUGGGACCUGCUGCCGACCGUGGCCUGCUCUUGAUCGCGCUGGGUCUUCUUCGUUGCCGCCUCGACCCCCAGCCCGCACCGCUGAGCGAGACCGACCACCGCCUUCUGCACCUCGGUCCGAUUUGCCCAAACAUCCACGUCAGGCCGUCGGCAAUAGUACGCCCACCUCAACAGCUGCCAGGCAAGCGGCCGCAGACACUAUGGUGGCGCCGCAAAGGCCUGCUGACACUGUUGGCGCUCAAGCUGCACGCGACCGAGCACAGGGCAACUCGACACCACGACCGGCCAAAGAUUCAACCGCACGUGAAGGGCAUCCUACCCCCACAUCUGCACCUCGAGCUUCAUCGAGGAACGUGUCGCCUGCACGUGACAGCCGGGCCCCGAGCGUGGACUCGUCUAGGUCGCGAGAGAGCAAGGACCGCGGGCGCGACUCGAAUCGGGAGCGACUUACUGAUCGAGAACGUGAAUCUAUUCGCGAUAGUGACGACACCGUGCCCCAAGCUCGAGACAGUCAAAACCGUCCGCGACCGCGAGAGACAGAAAGGGAAAUGGACAGGAGCGCAGCGAGGGGCGGAAGUGGGCGUGAUUCUCGCUUGGAUGAGGUGCCACGAGUUUCGCGCUACGCAGAUCGCAGAGUACGAGAGGCAGUCCCGUCUGAAGAGAGCGACACGCGCACUACAAUACACCGAGCAGAUGAUCGACGCCGCCGCGAGGACCCUGACGCAGAGGCUCGUGCUUUGGAUCUGGGCUCAAAGUCGACCGCCAAGCCCACGCCGAGAGAGACCGCUGGAAAUGCCGAUCGAAACGGACGUGGCCAUGAAGAUGCUGCUCAACCCACCAGCAGUCAUAAACGUACUUUGGCUGAUCGGUUUGGCGCAAGCGAUCAGGAGGGCAAAGUUGCUUCAGGGACACAACAAGAGCAAGAUUCAAAAGCGGCGCGCGGGGCUGACCCGCCAUCAGGCAGAGGCAUCAGCAUCCUGGGUGGAGGCGGAGGUCGUCCUCACGAACAAGCGCUCCAAAGAUCCGCGUCUGACAACGCUCGCCCUGUGCCAAAAGGUCCCAAUUGGCAGCGACAGCGCGAGGCGGAGCCAGCCACAUCGUCUCGCGAGAGCGGUGAACGAGGAGCGCGAGGUCACGGGCGCGACGACUCGCGAGCUCAGGCGGGAGCGAGUAAUGAUGGCCCGUCUAGAACCAGAGAGCGAGACCGCCGUCAUGGAAGUGGCAGCGAGCCUCGCGGGCCACGCAGCCAACAGGAGAGAUCAAACGCAGGUGGAGGGAGGUCUUCGGGAGGCGAGCGCGAGCGCAACAGAAGCCAGCGACGUUCUGGUCGCCAAUAGGGCUCAGGUUUUGGCGUCAUUCGCAUGCACAUCUUUCGGACUUUUUGUGAAGACACUUUGCAGCAAUGCUUCCUGA